UAUCGAAUAAGUCUCUAAAUGCUUCACUUUAAAAUAUAAUGUCAAAUUUAAAUCGAAUCAUGUGGCGUGUUCUUCAUGACCUUAGACUGUAUAUGUUCAUGACACGACAACCGCGGCGAAACUUAAAGCGAGCCAAUAAAAAGACAGCGUAUCCACGUUACCAAUGACAACGAACUCCAAACAAUAUGCUUGCAAAAGAAGGGUGACGAUUCGAAGCAACAUCAUAUAGACAAUCACUUCUAAUGUAAGUAGUUCAUGGUUCAUGGCACGACAAAUAAAAAUGAAUAUUAGACCUGAUGAUAUAUAAACUGUGUGUAAACUUUCAGGACGUUUAGCUGUAAAUUGCAUGAAUGUGAAUUGCAUUGCGAUUAAAGUCAGCCCAUUCCUCAUGCACGCAUGAAAUUUGUUGAAUUACUUCCCCAGGGUUUAAUAAAUGUGAUAAGAUGAGCUCACCACUUUCAACGUUAGGUAAAAACCGAAGACUUCCUUUUCCUGUAGCCCUAAACCAGCAAGGAAGAAGAGUGCUUUUUGAGAGGAAUCCAUUCGCAGAUUAUGAAGCUGCUCUGCUGAAUGAUAUAUCGACAUCUAAGGCUCAGGCCUCUGAUAUUGCUUCACUCUCCAAGUCAAAUGCCAAGCAAAGAAAAACCACCAGCAAUUGCCCUCCCCCUAGUAAUUUUGAGCUGAUGUCCUCCAUGAUGCAAAAGCUGACCCUGCUGGAGACUAAAGUGAGAAGCCAAACCCUGGACAUUGACCAGAAGGACAAAAAAAUUGCAGUUCUUGAGGAGAAACUAAAGCUACUUCAAAAAUCAAGAGAACAAAGCUGUCAUACAAGCAGAGAAGAUGAACUUGUAACAACCUGUGAAAGUCAACGGGACCAGAUAUUGGAGAUGGAGCAGUUUCUGAAGGACUACGGCAUGUUGUGGGUGGGGAGCGGAUAUAAAAGCCACACAAACUGUCAACAGGAAGUCAAAGAAGCUGAGUGUAUCCAGAGCUCUGACAGAGGGGUGUGGCAACCAGAGGCUUCCACGCCCCAACAGAACUUCCAGAUGAACUAUGACCUGGUGCUUCGGAACAUCUGGGAGUUGAAUGUGCUGGCCGGAGAGGGAGAGUCCUAUGUCAGAGCCACAUCCAGGGGGGCUCAGUUGGCCCGACAAGACCCUGUCCCACUAAGGCUUUACAGCAAUGGCAUCCUCAUGUUCAAUGGGCCCUUCCGGUCGUACCAGGAAGCCAGCACGCAACGAUGCAUGCAAGACUUCAUGGACGGGUACUUCCCUUCUGAGCUACAGCAGAUGUUUCCAGAAGGAGUGCCCUUUAAGGUUCACGACAUGCGAGAGGAGGAGUUCAAAAAGAGGCGACGGUGGGAGGAGUUUCCUGGGAAGGGGCAGGCGGUUUUUGGCGCCCCGGGGUCAGAGCGAUUCACAGACAGCUUAGGACAGGCCUUUUCCCAGAUCCCGGGCAGAAAACUGACCAUGGAUCAGUUCCUAAACCGACUGCCCAAGGUGGUGGUAAAGGCCGGUAGGGUGAUUGACAUCAGAGACUCGGUGAAAGCCAGUCUGCAGGGCUCUUCUGAUACUCCAAAGAACCUUGCCGUGACCAUCAUAGACACGCCAGUCAUACAGGCCAUUAAACAGAGGCUGGAGUUGCCAGAGACCGACCGCCCCCCAUCAGCCCGCGACAUCACCACGCUGAGGGUGAAGUCAGAGGACGGGGAGCACACCUACAUUGUUAAAAUGCUCUCCUCAGAGACCGUACGGCACCUUCGCCAGUAUCUGGAUAAUUACAGAGGGGCAGAUGCCCGAGAGUAUGACAUCCUCAGUGCGUUUCCAAAACGGCGUUACAGCGAGGACUCCCAGACGCUGCUGUCCUGUGGGCUCACUCCUAGCACUACUCUGCUGCUCCAGCCGAGGCCCCGCCCUCCUGUUUGUCAAGGUGUAUGUUCAUGAUGCAGGGCUAUAAAGGACAUCUACAUAGAUAUACGUAUUGUUAUGACUUUUAGAAAAGGUAAAUAUUGCUAAUAUUUGCUACUAUAAAAAUGUAUCCUAAUAUUUUCAGGUGUUAUAGUGAGGGAAAGAUGGUUGAUUUUG